CCGCGAGAACUGAAAGCGCCUAUGUCACUUGAGCUAAGCGGAAGUUGGCCCUCUUUUCCGUGGCGCCUCGGAGGCGUUCAGCUGCUUGAAGAUGAAGCUGAACAUCUCCUUCCCAGCCACUGGCUGCCAGAAACUCAUUGAAGUGGACGAUGAACGCAAACUUCGUACUUUUUAUGAGAAGCGUAUGGCCACAGAAGUUGCUGCUGACGCUCUGGGUGAAGAAUGGAAGGGUUAUGUGGUCCGAAUCAGUGGUGGGAACGACAAACAAGGUUUCCCCAUGAAGCAGGGUGUCUUGACCCAUGGCCGUGUCCGCCUGCUGCUGAGUAAGGGGCAUUCCUGUUACAGACCAAGGAGAACGGGAGAAAGAAAGAGAAAAUCAGUUCGUGGUUGCAUUGUGGAUGCCAAUCUGAGCGUUCUCAACUUGGUUAUUGUAAAAAAAGGAGAGAAGGAUAUUCCUGGACUGACUGAUACUACAGUGCCUCGCCGCCUGGGCCCCAAAAGAGCUAGCAGAAUCCGCAAACUUUUCAAUCUCUCUAAAGAAGAUGACGUCCGCCAGUAUGUUGUGAGAAAGCCCUUAAACAAAGAAGGUAAGAAACCUAGGACCAAAGCACCCAAGAUUCAGCGUCUUGUUACUCCACGUGUCUUGCAGCACAAACGGCGGCGUAUUGCUCUGAAGAAGCAGCGUACUAAGAAAAACAAGGAAGAGGCUGCAGAAUAUGCUAAACUUUUGGCCAAAAGAAUGAAGGAGGCUAAGGAGAAGCGCCAGGAACAAAUUGCGAAGAGACGCAGACUUUCCUCUCUGCGAGCUUCUACUUCUAAGUCUGAAUCCAGUCAGAAAUAACUUUUUGAGUAACAAAUAAAUAAGAUCAGACUCGGA